CUUUCUCUAUCUAUACAAACAAAAAUCUCCCAAACGGCAGACAAUCCUUUUCUAUCUGUCCGAUUGUUUCAGCGGUUGGCCGGAGUUCUGUGAGGUAACAACAACAAUGCUGUCAGAGAGAAAACAACGAUCUUUGAUCAUCUAAAUAAAAUAAUGUCCCUUGCUGAUGUUUCUUACAGGUUACUACUAUCUCUCAUCUCCCCUGUCCCUCCUCAGUUUUCUGGAAUUUUUUCUGUUCUUCAGUUAGUGUUUCCUCAAGAACGGUUUUUUCUGCUUCUAUUCCUUUUUACGUCGAGCAUAUGCUGAGAUCAUUGUUGGGUUUUGAAUAUUUUUUCAUAUGUUGUCGUUCUUGAUAUUUCAGAGUUGUUUUGGAGUUAUUUUUGCUGCUUUUAUCACUGUUUCAACGAUUUAUAGGGAAACUAAUUUUGUUGCAAGUCCGAGAAGUUUAAUCCAUUAACUUUGUACCUCGUAGUUAUGCAUGUACGCAUGUAUAUCGAUACAGUAAGGGAGAGGGAGAGUGAUUUUGCAUAAUGAUGGCUGAUGGAUUGAUGUAUGAAAUGAUAUAACUCCCAUUACCAUGUCUAUGUUUCAAUUUGAAUGUAAGUAGUGAUUUUUUUUUUUUCUUUUAUGCAAUAUCCUUUCUAAUGAUUAUGUGAUUCGUUGAUUUCAAUCUCCUUGUCAUUAUUGUGGUUAAAUUUUGCUGGUCGGAUACAAGUAUUAAUUGUUUUCUUAAAUUUAUUAGUGAAGAGACCAAAGCCUCAUUCCUGACCCCUCACGAGGAGCAGUAGUAGUUCGUAGGGGAUUUUACUUAGUUGUAACUUGUAAGUGUCAUAGAUGAGCUGCUUUACAAUGGCCUCCAUUGCUUGCUCCCCUGUGAUCACGACGGUAACUCUCUUGGCCUGCUAGCAAGCUGUGGAUCUUGUGGAUAUCGUCUGAAUCUAACAUCUUCUGCCCGUAUAGUAUCUGGAAUCGGAUUGGAAUAUAAAAGAUCCAUUAGGAAAGGUUUUAUCUCAUUUGUCUCCAUUGAUCUUAGUAGAUUUACUGUGGUCGACCAGGUAAACUGCCUUCCUGCUUGUCUGGUACCUUCAAAGACCAAACUUCUUUGUCGUAAAUGUGGUGUGUUUAUAGGCCAUAUUAUAGGAGACUUGCAUGCUCCGGCUGUUAUUGACUCACCAUCUUCUUCAAGCUCAUACAAAAACAUUAUGAUAAGAAUUCAAUCUCUGCAACCUCUAGAAGAGUCUUAGUCCAGUAGAAUGGCUAAUUGUUCCAAAGAGUGUCGUACCUCGAUUACACACCUUCCUGACGAUUGCUUGUACUCUAUCUUUUCCUGGCUGGACUCUGCCUCUGACCGGGAGUCUUUUGGCUUGACUUGUCAUCGAUGGCUUCAAAUUCAGAAUCUAAGUCGUAGAAGCUUACAAUUCGUAUGCUCAUUUACUAAAGUUGAUAUUCCCUCCUUAUGCCAACGUCACAUGAGAAUUGGUACCUUUCAUCUUAGUAGGUUGCUGCAUCGCUUCCAGCAACUGCACUCUUUGUCCCUGUCUGGUUGUGUUGAGCUUCCUGAUUCAGGAUUGGGCCACCUGCAAUAUUAUGGCUCGAAUCUACUAAGUAUUCAUCUGGGAUGUUGUUUUCAAAUAACUGAUUGUGGAUUUUUUUUAAUUGCCUCUGGAUGCCCUUCUUUGACAACUAUUAGUCUGUAUCGGUGCAAUGUUACAGAUAUUGGGUUAAAAGCCUUGUCUGAAUCUUGCUUAUUUUUAGAAGACGUGGAUCUAUCAUCCUGCUCACUUAUAUCUGACUCUGGUAUAAGUUACCUUACUCAAAAUUGCCAUGAACUUCGUGCUAUCCGGAUCACAAACUGCAGAAAUGUCACUGGUGUUGGUUUCAAGGGUUGUUCAGAUUCACUGAUGUAUUUGGAGGCUGAUAGUUGUAAACUUGAACCAGAAGGAAUAAUGGCCAUUGUCAGUGGGGGUGGCCUUGAGUAUCUGAAUGUUUCAAGCCUAAGCUGGUGCAUCCUUGGAGAUGGUUUGGAAGCAAUAGGUGCUGGAUUUGCUACUAAACUGAGGGUGCUUGAUUUUCGACACUGCAGAACAGUUGGAAACAACUCAAUCAUUGCGAUAGCAAAAGGAUGCCCAUUACUCCGGGAGUGGAACUUAUCAUUGUGUCAUGAGAUCAAGACAGCUGGGUGGGAAGCAGUUGGUAUGAACUGUCAUAACUUGGAGAAGCUUCAUGUGAAUCGAUGUCGUAACCUGUCUGAUGAAGGAUUACAUGCGAUACGAAAUGGCUGCAAGAAGCUUUCAGUCCUGUACAUAAGUAUCAGGAAAUGUCGACAAAUCAGUCCCAUAGCCAUCGAGAUCUUCAAAUGUUUAAGAGGCAGUGUUGUCCUUGAAGAGAAAGAAGUCAUGUGCAUUGCUCCCGAUUGGGCCUUCAAGGUUUAG